AUCAUCACAAGUUCACAGAUCUAGCUCACAGCUUUUUUUACAGCCAUGGCGGAAACGGCAGUUGUUUGUGUUAUUGGAGUAGCAGCGAUCUUGGCGUUGUAUGUAUGGCGAGUUUUGAAUUUCUUGUGGUUGAAACCGAAAAAGAUGGAGAAGUUUCUAAGAGAUCAAGGACUCAAAGGCACCCCUUAUCGAUUCAUGGUCGGAGAUUUGAAAGAGUUGGAGAAGAUGAGAAACGAAGCAAGAUCUAAACCCAUGAGUGUAACUGAUCACGAUAUCGCUCCUCGUGUAUUGGCCUUCUUCCAUAAAUCCGUCGUUGCUCACGGUAAGACUUGUUUUACAUGGAUGGGGAUAAAACCUAUGGUGCACGUAUCUGACCCCACCAUGAUGCGAGAGGUCUUGGCUAACCAUUAUCAAUUUCAAAAGCCAAGGGGAGGAAACCCGUUAACAAAGUUGCUAGCAAAAGGGUUAAUCGACGUUGAGGCUGAUGAAUGGGUUAAACGCAGAAAAAUCAUUAAUCCCGCAUUCCAUGUUGAAAAGCUCAAGCAUAUGGUACCUGCGUUUUACGUGAGUUGCAGUGAGAUGAUUCACAAAUGGGAAGAAGUGGUAACGAAAGAAAGCUCAUGUGAAGUGGAUGUAUGGCCUCAUCUUCAAACGCUUACAGCUGAUGUAAUUUCUCGUACAGCGUUCGGUAGUAAUUUUGAGGAAGGAAGAAAGAUAUUUGAGCUUCAAAGAGAACUAGGGGAGAUGAUUAUGAAAGCUGCAAUGUCAAUUUACAUUCCAGGAUCACGAUUUUUGCCGACAAAAAGUAACAAGAGGAUGAAAGAGAUUGACCGGGAAGUGAAGGCUAUGAUAAAGAGUAUUAUUGACAAACGAGUUGUUGCUAUGAAAGCCGGGGAAAGUAUCAAUGAUGACCUCCUAGGCAUUCUUUUAGAUUCCAACUACAAGGAAAUUAAACAACAAGGGAAUAGCAAUUUUGGCUUAAGCAUCGAGGACGUCAUCGAAGAAUGCAAACUUUUCUACUUUGCAGGCCAGGAAACCACCGGAAAUAUGCUUGUUUGGACGAUGAUUUUACUAGGUCAAUACAAGGAUUGGCAGACACGUGCUAGAGAAGAAGUUCUACAAGUCUUCGGACAUGAAAAACCAGAUAUCGAUGGGUUGAAUCACCUAAAAGUUGUCAACUUGAUCUUUAAUGAGGUUCUUAGAUUAUAUCCGCCAGGAGUACUACUAAGACGAUUGGUACAUGAAGAAACCAAAUUAAAAAACAUAAUCUUGCCGGCGGGAACCCUCAUCCAACUAAACACGUUGCUUUUACACCACGACCAAGAUAUAUGGGGUGAAGAUGUGAAUGAAUUCAAGCCUGAAAGAUUUUCCGAAGGUGUGUUAAAGGCUACCAAGGGGCAAGCGUCAUAUGUCCCGUUUGGAGGUGGGCCACGUAUAUGUGUCGGACAGAAUUUCGCUAUGUUAGAAGCUAAAAUGGCGCUCGUUAUGAUUUUACAACGCUUCUCUUUUGAUCUAUCUCCGUCGUACUCACAUGCUCCACACACCAUAAUUACUCUAAAACCUCAAUUUGGCGCUCAUUUGAUUUUACACAAGCUUUAGAGGGUUUGUUGCUGCUUGUAAUUAUUGUUUGGUACUAUGUUGUAUUGUAUUUCCAUAGCUGUAACAUAUAUGUUAUUAUACAUGUGAAUCGAUGCUCCAUAGGUAAUGUCGAAUGUAUUUACAA